ACACCGUGUGUCGAUACUCGGUACCACCAGAAACGCCCCUCCCGGAAGAAACUCCGGUGGACGUUGCUAAAUGAAGAUAAACGCUGAUUGAAAUGGCGUCAGUCACGGUACGUGGCUGGGCUCUCUGCACCGCGUCUCUGCUUAACUUUGCGUUUGUUUUCAUAUCCGGUGCAGACUUGAUUCGGUUUCUAUCAUUUCGUGCCAUUUACCAUAACAUCACCGGGGAGACGGCACUGUGUCAAGACUCCAUACCAUGGUCAGUGGCCCUACAGGACAGCUCUGUCCUCAGGUCUCUUGUGGUGGAUCUGGGCUUGCUGGCUCUCUUUGUCACACAGCACAGUCUUCUCGCCUGGUCACCCAUCAAACAGGCCCUCCAGUCGGUGCUGGGGGCCCUGAACAGGACGGUAUACUGCUUCACCACUGCACUGGCACUCCAGAUCUUGAUGCGUUACUGGCAGCCUGUGACAGACGCCCCCUGUCUGUGGUCAGUGCGUAAUGCACCCUGGAGUAUCUGGUUCCCUCUGCUCUGCUUCUCCCUGCACUUCCUCUGCUGGACGAUCAUCUGCAGCAUCCUCUUGAUCUUUGAUUACCCAGAACUGAUGGGUGUCAAGCAGGUGUACUAUGAGUGUCUCGGUUUAGGGGACCCCCUGUCUCACAAGUCCCCCUGUGCCCAGCGCUUCCUCUCCCACUUCCGUCACCCGGUUUGCCUGGAGCUGGGCGUCGUGCUGUGGCUCCUGCCGGCCUUGUCCCUGGACAGGCUCCUGUUGGCGGGGACUCUGUCGACCUACCUGGCACUGGCACACUCUCUGGACAAACAGGAUUUAGCCUACCUCUGUGUCCACUUUAAAAGCAAAAUGCAGCUCCUCGCCGAGCCACACCGGGACAGUGUCGACAGCAGCGACUGUGACCACAGCAACCACAAGGAGAAGUGAAGUGAAGGUCCUCUGACUGCUGUGAUGUGAAUCUGACUGCUUUCUUAAUAUUAACCAGAAAUGUUGUAACUGACUUCUCAAUGAGCCUGAUUAUCUGCUGUGCUGAAUAAGAACACAACUUACUGACCAUUUACUGCUAAUGACCACAUUUAGACUGCGCUCUUUUCAACCUGACACUGUAUUUUUUUGUUUCCUUUAAACUGUGGUUUCAGAAAGGCAAAGUAUUAUUACAAAAUGAGAUUUUAUUUCAACAUUUGAAAACACAAACACCUCUUUUUACUAAGGAGGAUGUAAGAUUUUGCAACAAAACCCUCACAUAUAUAUAUAUAUUUUUUAUUUUUAUAAUAUAUUUUAUAGACUGUUACAUUCCAUGUGAUAACAACAGCUAUACUGUAUUUCAUUGAACACUACUUUCAAAUGUAACUGUCACACUGAGGUUUCAACACUGGCUAAAGCACAAAAGUGCAGCCUUGUAUUGCAGCUACAAUGAAAAACAAGCAAGAUUAUGAAUGUAUGUCCUUGGUUUUUUUUGUGUUGUGUUUGAGACUCAUCAACAGUCAUGUCAGACCUGUUAUAUUCCACUGGACUCUGAACACACUGAAUAAAGAAAAUCUGCAUCUGUUUCC